GUGAGAGAAGAAGCAUUAAAGUAGCAUCAAUUGUUUUCUUUUUACACCUUUCGCAAUUUAUGUUUUGUUAAUUGGUAAAAUUGUCACAGUUCGUGAGAAUAAUUAUUUAUUUUUAAAGGGAGCAUUUGUAUUGUGUUCGGGUUGUACAAUGGCAGAUGCUUGGGAUGAAAUAAAAGCUGUGAAAAGUAAGCGUCAUACACUGCGAGAAAAGUUGGAGAAACGAAAGAAAGAACGUGCCGGUUUGCUAUCUUCAUCACCAAAUAGUGUUGUCGACACAGUUAAGGACUCACCUAAUCCAACCGGGGAAUUGGAAAACAAUGCCGAAACAGAGAAAGCGGUAUUGCAGGCGCUUUCCUCCAAUACACUUGUGCUUCCUAUAAUUUCAACACAAUUAUUGGAAAAAGUAUCUACAUAUUUGGAUAAAGCACCCGUACCACAUGUAAUCAAUUACACGCUCAACAAAUUAGCUGAACAAGGCGCAGUUAAUAUUAAAAGCGUCACAAUCGGUAAGGAUGUGGGCUGCGAAGUUAUUUCGGUGGAAACCAACAUAAUUUUAGAUUUGUAUAAGGAAGUGGUAAAUGAUGGCUAUAUUGGUAUUAAAGAAGAACUGAAACGCAAAUUCGAUGCAAACGAUGCGGAGAACAAGGAUUGUAAUCUUAACAAAUCCGCUAAAAUUGAUGUGAAUUCGGGUCCACAUACGCGUAAAGACGCGUCCGGCAGUGGUGCGGAUGCCUCUGAUGAUAUAAUGUCGCUGCUUUCCAUGCCAUCGACGCGCGAGAAGCAAAGUAAGCAAGUUGGCGAAGAAAUACUCGAAUUGCUAACCAAACCAACUGCCAAAGAACGUUCCGUUGCUGAGAAGUUCAAAUCGCAUGGCGGCGCGCAAGUAAUGGAAUUUUGUCCACAUGGCACCAAGGUAGAGUGUCUAAAAGCACAGCAAGCCACUGCGGAAAUGGCCGCAAAGAAGAAGCGUGAUCGCAAACUCGAAAAUGAUGCUGCUAGUAAACUCAGCGCAGACGCUGAUGAAUCAAAUCCGCAAACCAAUGCCGACGAAACAACAAACAUAACUGACCCAAAUUCAACAUCCGACAGUAACGGCAAUAACAGUAUAAGGGAAACGGAAAGCGAUAAUAAGGCUAGCGACUCUGGUGCAGAGGAUGGUGAGAUUGUUUCAGAUAAUCUGAAAGACGCUGAAGCUGAUUCACAACAAUCAACAGACGAACCCAUAGAAAUGUUGGAUACUUGCACUAAAUUGCAUUUUAAGAAAAUCAUACAAUCACAUACCGAUGAAUCACUGGGUGAUUGCAGUUUCCUCAACACGUGCUUCCACAUGGCUACAUGCAAAUAUGUGCAUUAUGAAGUUGACACGUUACCCAAUAUCAACACUAAUAAACCAGUCGAUGUCAAAACAAAACUUUGCAUUAAACGCAGCAUUGAUCCCAGCGUUACAUUAUAUCCGCCACAAUGGAUACAAUGUGAUUUGCGUUAUCUCGAUAUGACGGUAUUGGGUAAAUUUGCUGUUGUAAUGGCUGAUCCACCAUGGGAUAUACACAUGGAAUUGCCUUACGGCACCAUGUCAGACGAUGAGAUGCGUCAGUUGGGCGUGCCAGCGCUGCAGGAUGACGGACUCAUCUUCUUAUGGGUAACAGGUCGUGCGAUGGAAUUAGGCAGGGAAUGCUUAAAGCUCUGGGGCUACGAACGUGUGGACGAACUCAUUUGGGUGAAAACGAAUCAAUUGCAGCGCAUCAUACGCACAGGCCGCACCGGUCAUUGGUUGAAUCACGGCAAGGAACACUGCCUGGUGGGCAUGAAGGGUAAUCCGAAGAAUCUGAAUCGUGGACUUGAUUGUGAUGUCAUUGUAGCGGAGGUACGCGCCACCUCACAUAAACCCGAUGAAAUCUAUGGCAUAAUUGAACGUCUUAGUCCGGGCACACGUAAAAUUGAGCUAUUCGGUCGGCCACACAAUGUGCAACCGAAUUGGAUUACGUUGGGCAAUCAAUUGGAUGGCAUACGCUUAGUGGAUCCCGAAUUGAUAACACAAUUUCAGAAGCGUUAUCCCGAUGGGAAUUGCAUGUCACCGGCCGCAGCUGCCGCUACGACUGGUGCAACAGCAAAUUCAGCAAGUGCAGUGAAGAAGUGAAAAAAUACUUGACGUAUUAGUGCUAAACUUACAUACACACAAGUAAUCUAAAAAUAAAUGAAUAAAUAAAUAUAUAAAGUGCAUAAACAUACGUACGUAGUAAUAAAUAGACAAGAACAACGUCAAACUACAAUGGUCAAUUGAAAUACUUCAUUUAAGUUAACAUACCUCAUUCGUGUUAAAUUACUUUUUUGUAUGUGCUUGUAUGAGACUAACUUGUAUUAAUUACCGAAUCUAUAUUUGUAUUACUAAGUUGAUAAAAUUCUGUUUAGUUUAACUACAAGAUAACAAAUGAAUAAAAAUGCUGAAAGUAAAUUAACGAAAAUGUGCA